AUGCCAUCAUCACGAUCACCAACUAAUACACCCCCACAAAUCGUAACUCGCAUCACGAUACACUCCACCGACCACACUACACAGCGAACAAUAACAUGCACCAUCACGCACACACAAGACAUCACACCAAACACAGACACACCACAUAGGACGCUCCUACCAACACCAAACACACCUCGUAGAGCACUUCUACCGACACCGAACAUCCCACCGAACCCACACCUAUACACCACACGACCACAACCCAACACACACAGAACCCAUCGACUGACACCCACCACGCACACCCAACACAUCGACACACCACUAACGCAACGGAGAACACUUCUCCCGACACCGGAAACACCUCGCACUCAGACCCAACACAUCAACACAAUAACGGAACACGCAAACAAGGACGAGGACACCACCUACAGAUACCGCUUACCACCACUCCCGACGAUCCAACACACAAACACUGAAAACUGGGACGACAAACCAAUACAACAAACCAACAACCAAAGAUACCAGACACCACCAAUACCAACAACCCUGUACACACAGACCGAAAAUUGGGACGACGACGAACCAACACAGCCACCAAUGCCACAAACACAACACCCACCUACGACAACACAAAAGGAAAACAUCACACACACACACAACACGACUCGGACGACGAAACGGCACAAUUCCGCUUUCAGGCAAAAGGAACCAUUCCACGACCCACACCACACAUACCACUCACUAGACACACCAACGAAACUCACAAUACAGAUCAAGCCACAUCAGACACACCAACACGGCACAACCCAUACGAACCCACACGCACAGAAGAAGAACAACGAUUAUACACACUCCAACUCAAGGAAUACUACGCAGACAAACCAAACAUAG